UCUCAUGCAGCAAGUGAUAGAGAUUCUCCUGAGAUCUCAGAAGGUGCAGAGAGACACUACAAUAGAGGAUACAGGAAACAUAGCAAUGAUGCCUCUGAAGACAAGAGAGAGGACUUCCCCUGCAAGGAGGAGGAGAAAGCUGAGCAGGACUCAGAACAGAGGUCAUCCCGCAAGAAGAAGACCCGCACUGUGUUCAGUAGGAGCCAGGUCUUUCAGCUGGAGUCCACCUUUGACAUGAAGAGGUACUUGAGCAGCUCUGAACGAGCUGGCCUAGCGGCCUCCCUCCAUCUCACAGAGACACAAGUAAAAAUCUGGUUUCAGAACCGCAGGAACAAAUGGAAAAGGCAACUGGCCGCUGACCUAGAGGCUGCCAAUAUCUCCCAUACAACCCAAAGGAUAGUCAGGGUGCCCAUACUGUACCAUGAGAACUCUCCUGCCACUUCCUUGGGUUUCAGCUUGCCACACAUCUCCCCACCCUUGGUAGGCUUCUCCAGCUCUGUCAACUAUCCCUUGACCACCUUCCCAAACUCAGUACCCUUUAUAAGAUCACAGAUGACCGGACUGGUCUGA